UGGCGCAGCUACAUCCCCAGGGACAACAGCCUGCAGUCGGAGACCGUGCACUACAAGCGCGGGGUGUGCCAGCAGUUCUGUGUGCCCUCCCACACCGUCGACCCCUCUGAGUGGAGCGAGGAGGAGCUGGGCUUCGACCUGGACCGGGAGGUGUACCCCAUGGUGGUGCACGCGGUGGUGGAUGAAGGAGAGGAGCACACUGGGCACUGCCACGUGCUGCUGGCCACCUUUGAGAAGCACAGCGACGGCACUUUCUGCGUGAAGCCCCUCAAGCAGAAGCAAGUGGUGAGUGUCUGGGUGUCCCCACUACUGCCCUGCACACCCCUGGGGAGGAAGGUGGCGAGGGGCUUUCGGGGUGCAGUGAACCCCUGUGUGGCCGAGGACGAGGUGAGUGAUAACAGCGCCGAGUGCGUCGUCUGCCUCUCGGACGUCCGUGACACCCUCAUCCUGCCCUGCCGACACCUCUGCCUCUGCAACACCUGCGCCGACACCCUGCGCUACCAGGCCAACAACUGCCCCAUCUGCAGGCUGCCUUUCCGAGCCUUGCUUCAAAUCCGAGCCAUGAGGAAAAAGCUGGGUCCCCUCUCGCCCACCAGCUUCAACCCCAUUAUCGCCUCGCAGACCUCCGACUCCGAGGAGCACUCGGUCAGUGCCCCGCUGAGCCCAGCUCACCCGGGGGGGUCCUCAGAGAACAUCCCCCCGGGCUACGAGGUGGUGUCGCUGCUGGAGGCCCUCAACGGGCCUUCUCAGGGUUUUGGCUUCUCCCUGGGGCAUCCUGAUCCUGCUGGAGGCAAGG